AUGAAGCAUAAAGAAUUAACGCCCAUAGUAAGUAAAGCUAUUCGUUGCAAAACUGAAGGGUUUGGCAAGGUGCUAUGGGAGUUGAAGCUAGACGCUAUCAAUGCAAAAGUAAACUCGUUAAAAAACUUGAACCAGACACACCCAAAUUAUAUUGAAGGGUUGUCUGAAAUAAUUUCUGCACUUGAUGCUUUCCUUGACACAUCUUCACAGGAUUCAGAAAGUAAAGACUUUUACAUAAAAGUCUAUAAUACGGUUCAUCUGGAAAGUGGUGAAAUUUUGAGAACGUCAGAUAGCUUUCAGGGUAAAGAGUGGUUUAGUAACAUUUCAGUAUCUGCUGCAGAAGACCAAGUUCAGUAUGAGUCAGACAAAGAAUCAACAAAGGAUCCAUAUGACCUUGCAAUGAUUCGUUGGUAUGACAUUGAGCCAAGUGAACCGGAAUUAUAUGGUUGUCCACAGCUAUUUUAUGCAAAAGAUUAUGAUAUAAUUCCAAUAGAUUCCAUUUAUAAAGAA